AUGCUUAGAAUGUUCUCUGUAAUUGUAGUAUGGGUUUUUAAAUGCCUUGGAUUGAUCUGGCAGCAAUCAUGGCUCAAUUCUUGUAGUCCGCACAGCUUCCCGCACAGCAGAGAGAUUUCAUUUGACCAGCCAGCAAAAACUGAACGAGACUCCCUACGGCAUCCUCGCAACGAAGGAUACACAAGACACUUUGCUGAAAUGGCCAACUCAAAAUAUGAGUACGUCAAAUCAUUUGAGCAACCUGACGUCUUGCUACCGAAUACCUGGAUCGUGGUUCGCAUCGACGGCAGAGGAUUUCACAAACUUUCCGAUCGCUAUGGGUUUAUCAAACCCAACGACCGCCGCGCGCUGGACUUGAUGAACGCCGCCGCGGUGGAGGUCAUGAAAGAACUCCCUGACCUAUGCAUCGCCUAUGGUGUGAGCGAUGAAUACAGGUCUCUUCGUUUUUCACCCCAGCUGUCAGUUGUUCGAGCGACGCAGCGCGUGAGUCAUCCACAGCCAGAGCGAGCAUCAUUGCCCCGUCUUGACCUUUUGACUCUGCAAACACUGACCUUGGGCCCUCCGUACCUGCCCUCGUUCGAUGGGCGGGCGGUCCUGUACCCGACCACUAGGAUUCUACGCGAUUAUAUGAGUUGGAGGCAGGUGGAUUGCCACAUCAAUAAUCUCUACAAUACCACGUUUUGGACGAUGGUUCAGAAGGGAGGGAUGAGUAAUACGGACGCUGAAAGGGAGUUACACGGGACUGUCUCAUCCGACAAGAAUGAGAUCCUCUUCAAGAGGUUCGGGAUCAAUUAUAACAACGAGGAUGAGAUGUUUAAGAAAGGGAGUGUGGUUUAUCGUCAGGUAGGCCAGCAGGGAUGCCUCUAUGAUCGCCGUCUAACGUGGAUUCUGCAGUAUCAAUUAGAGGAUCCCAAGCCUGAGUCCAAAUCAAGGCAUGGGGAUGAUGAUGAGGCGCCUAUGGACGAAAGCAAGAUUUCCAGGGCGCAGCAAGACAAAUUGCGAAAAUUGCGACGGAAAGCGCAGGUGGUUGUUGAUCAUGUCGACAUUAUCAAGGACGAGUUCUGGGAGAGGAGGCCUUGGAUUCUCUCGGGCAAGCCAGGUAAAUUGCCCGAGGCAUGA